UUCUCUUAUUCCCUCUAUUAAAUCUCCCUCUUCCCCUUCAUUCGCUCCACCACUACAUUUCAUCUUCUCCGUUUGAGAAAAAUGGAGGAAUAGUGUUUCGAACUCUCUUUCCUUCUUCGCUAGAUCUGUUCUUUACAAGGUGCAAAAUCUAUAGGACAUAAGUUUACGAAUAGAAAUGGCAUUAGGGAAGUAUUCGAGAAUAGAUAACCGAAGGUCCUCUUCGAGUUACUGCUCAACAGUGACCAUUGUAGUAUUUGUUGCAUUGUGCUUGGUUGGGAUAUGGAUGCUAACAUCAUCUUCUGUAGUUCCGGUUCAAAAUAUUGAUGUGCCAGUGGAGAACAAAAAUCUGGCAAAAGACAAAGUGAUUGAGACCAAUGAUGGCAAGACUCAGCCCUUUGAAGAUAACCCAGGAGAUUUGCCUGAUGAUGCAAGGAAAGAGGGUGACAGUCAAGGUUCUAAUCAGGAAGAGAAGCCCGAAGACAAGCCUGAAGAGAAUCCCGAAGACAAGCCUGAAGAGAAUCCUGAAGACAAGCCCGAAGACAAGCCUGAAGAGAAGCCAGAUGAACAGAAUGAGGACAAGAAUGGAGGGAAUGAAGAAACUAAACCAGACGAUGAAAGAGAAACAGAAAAUGGUGAUUCUAAGGAGGAAAAUGGAGAACCAGAUUCUGAAACUAGGCCAGAGGCUGGUGACAAUGAAUCCGAUGGACAGGGAGAUUCUGAGGAGAAUUCUAAUGAGAAGCAAUCAAAUUCAAAUGAUACAGAAGAGAAAAAUGAUGAUGAGAAAAAAACAGAUGACCCAAGUGACACUAAAGACGGAGAAAAUGUUAAUGGUCAGGAAGGGGAGAAUGUGAAGCUAAAUGGAAAAAGCUCUGAUGAAACAAAUGAAAAUAACCAAUCCAAAAACCCGGCUUCUGGUGAGGUGUUUCCAUCUGGUGCUCAGUCGGAGCUUUUGAAUGAAACAUCAACACAGAAGGGAUCAUGGUCAACUCAGGCAGCAGAAUCAAAGAAUGAAAAAGAAACUCAAAGAUCUUCUGCGAAACAAUCUGGGUAUGAGUGGAAAAUUUGCAAUGUUACUGCUGGACCAGAUUACAUUCCUUGCCUCGACAAUUUGCAAGCAAUUAGGAGUCUUCAUAGUACAAAACAUUAUGAACAUCGAGAGAGGCAUUGUCCUGAAGAACCUCCAACCUGCCUUGUAUCACUUCCAGAGGGCUAUAAACGCCCAAUUACAUGGCCAACUAGCAGGGAAAAGAUAUGGUACUAUAAUGUUCCCCACACAAAACUUGCUGAAGUUAAGGGGCAUCAGAAUUGGGUAAAAGUUUCUGGUGAAUACUUAACAUUUCCUGGUGGUGGGACCCAGUUCAAGCACGGUGCUCUUCACUACAUUGACUUCAUACAAGAGGCUGUCAAUGAUAUUGCUUGGGGAAAACGAUCACGCGUGAUUCUGGAUGUUGGAUGUGGAGUGGCAAGCUUUGGAGGAUUUCUUUUUGAAAGAGAUGUACUAACCAUGUCAUUGGCCCCAAAAGAUGAACAUGAAGCACAAGUCCAGUUUGCACUUGAGAGGGGCAUUCCUGCUAUAUCUGCUGUUAUGGGGACGAAAAGACUUCCCUAUCCAGGAAGAGUGUUUGAUGUUGUCCAUUGUGCUCGUUGUAGAGUCCCAUGGCACGCAGAAGGUGGCAAACUUCUGUUGGAGCUGAAUCGUUUGUUGCGGCCUGGUGGCUUCUUCGUCUGGUCUGCCACACCGGUCUAUCAGAAGAAGGCUGAAGAUGUUGAAAUAUGGAAUGCCAUGAAAGAACUGACGAAAGCAAUGUGCUGGGAACUUGUGUCAAUUAACAAGGAUACAGUAGAUGAAGUUAGUGCAGCCAUAUAUCGAAAACCUACCAAUAAUGAUUGUUACGAACAGAGGUCCGAAAAAGAGCCACCUGUCUGCCCGAAUUCAGAUGAUCCAAAUGCAGCCUGGAAUGUUCCACUUCAAGCAUGCAUGCACAAAAUCUCGACAAAUGCGUCAGAACGUGGUUCUAAAUGGCCAGAGCAAUGGCCAUCAAGGUUGGAGAAAGCACCAUACUGGUUGUUGAAUUCUCAGGUUGGAGUUUAUGGAAGACCUGCUCCAGAGGAUUUUGCUGCAGAUCACAAACACUGGAAUAGUGUCGUUACAAAGUCAUAUCUAGCUGGCAUGGGAAUCGACUGGUCAACGGUGCGAAAUGUCAUGGACAUGAGAGCUAUCUAUGGAGGAUUUGCUGCUGCAUUGAAAGAUUUGAAAGUGUGGGUCAUGAAUGUCGUCUCAAUAGACUCAGCCGAUACUCUCCCGAUUAUCUACGAACGAGGUUUAUUCGGUAUAUAUCACGAUUGGUGUGAAUCAUUCAGCACCUACCCGAGAACAUAUGACCUUCUUCACGCAGACCAUCUUUUCUCCAAGAUCAAAACGAGGUGCAAUCUAGCUGCUUUAGUUGCAGAGACCGACCGGAUCCUCAGGCCAGGAGGUAAGCUCAUCGUCCGGGACCUUGCAGAAACCGUAAAUGAGCUCGAAAACAUGUUCAAGUCAAUGAAAUGGGAGGUUCGGUUUACUUAUUUCAAAGACAAUGAAGCAUUGCUCUGCGUUCAGAAGUCAAUGUGGCGACCAAAUGAAUCUGAAACACUCCAAUAUGCAAUUUCUUAGAGCCCGUCAUCGUCAUCAUUGUCAUCAUAGUCAUCGUGAUCCCACUUGUUGGCAAGGAGAGGAAAGGUUAGGUCAAUCCCUUUCUUGUUUUAGUAAUUCAAAGUUUCAAUUUUAUGGCAAUGUUACGUCCUCUAAUUAGACAGUGUAUCAUCUCUCAUAUCUCUUCUAGGGCCUUUGGGUGUAAUUCAUUUUUUCUUCUGCUCCUCCCUAUAUUCCUUAAUCCAAAGGCUGCUCCUCAGUUUUCCCUGUACUAUGAUACUGAUAGCUAUUAAUGAAAAAUCAUAUAUUCUUGUA